AUGGUGAAGCUCUUGCUGCAAAAGGGAGCGAAUAAGGACAUUAGAACCUACGCCCGUCGGACGCCCUAUGAUGUGGCGGCCGAGAAUGGGCACUCUAGGCUUUUUUAUGUGCUCCGACUAGGGGAUAGCCUGUGUUUGGCCGCGAGGAAAGGAGAGGUGAGGGCAAUUCUCCAGCUUCUGGAGAACGGUGCGGCGAUCAACGGACGAGAUCAACAUAGAUGGACCGCUCUCCAUAGGGCGUGCUUUAAGGGAUGGGUUGAGACAGUUCGAGCACUACUAGAGAAAAGAGUUGAGGUUGAUGCCAAGGACGAGGAUGGGUACACUACGUUACACUGUGCGGCGGAGUCAG